AUGAAGACUUUAAGAUUAGAUGAUCCGGAUUCUCAAGACGAUUUGCAAACUCUAAACAAGCUGAUUUCUAGUACAAGAAAAAUUGUGGUUCUUACAGGUGCUGGAAUUAGCAGAAAUGCCGGUAUUCCAGACUUUCGAUCAUCAAGUGGAUUAUAUAAACAGAAAUAUAGCAACGGGACAAUUAAUUGUCGGGAAUUAUUUGACGUUUCGAUAUAUAGAGACGAAAGUACCAUCCGGUUAUUUAAUGAAUUCAUGCAAAACAUGUAUUACCAAAAGGUGAAAUGUGCACAUCCCACGAAAACCCAUCAAUUUAUAAAGUAUUUGAAUAGUCAUAAAAAGCUUAUGCGAUGCUAUACUCAAAAUAUCGAUGGACUUGAGAGACGACUUGGAAUGAGGACCGAAUUCGAUCAGUUAAAUGAUUGGAACCAUAUUGAUGUCGUUCAGCUUCACGGCGAUUUAAAUACCUUAAAAUGUAGCCGGUGUUCUAAAAAAUUUAAAUGGAACGAAAUAUAUGUCAAUCAGAAGGGAGCUAAGGAAGAUGCAGGUUUUCUUAUUGCAUGUCCCAGCUGCAUGGAGGAAUAUAAAAAGAGACAAAAGGAGGGAAAGAGGUGCUGCCAAUCAAGCAUUGGUAUAAUUAGACCAAACAUUGUUUUAUAUGGAGAGGAGCACCCAUAUGGAGAAAUACUGGCAAAAAAUCUGUCCAGGGAUAUCAUCCGGAACCCCAAACUUUUCCUUAUAUUUGGGACAUCUUUAAAAGUGAACGGUGUGAAAAAUCUCGUGAGGAAAUUGUGCCGACGAAUACACAGAAAUGUUCCUGAUGGAAAAGUUGCAAUCAUAAAUAACACCAAAAUUUGUCAAAGUGUCUGGGAUACAUACAUAGACUAUCAGAUAGUUUGUGACUGCGAUGAUUGGUGCGAUUACGUAGAGUCAUGUGUUCCACGUUUAUCACAAGAGCCUAAACAACAAAAAAAGCUUUGCGUAAAAGGUUCAAAGAAGAACAGCAAAAAUGAGAAAAAUAAUUCGAUAAAGUUGCAAAAGUGGCCAGAGCAUGAGUGUAAGGGUAAGAGAAAGGCUAGACAACUACAAAAUCCAGAUGCAUUGGAAAAUGAACGUACAAAGGACUCAACCAGAGAUCGUGAUUGCAAGCGGAUAAAAAGAGAGAUUAUGGUAUUAUAA